GCAUAAGAGAUAGACAGCUACCUGUACCCGUCGGGCAUUGCGCAACAAAUACACAAAGUUGGUGUACAUUACUGUGACCAAAUGACAAUGCCCAAGUCUACCAGUAGUAGCAGUACCACCAAGCCUUAAUUAAGCCCAAGGCUCAAUAAUAAACUUAAAGACUCAACAAAAACAGUCUGUUUCUUUCCUCACACACGAUUAUAAGGCCGUGGGACCGAUCAUCAUUUUUAUCAACAUUUUGCAAGACUUUUAGCAUCCAUCAACGGACAAAAUAUGCAAAUGUGUUUUCCAGACCAGUUAUCACCAUGGCUACGAGUUUGACUGUGCGUAGAGUCUGCUGCAGUGCUGCCAGACUACUUCCCAGAGUGGAAUCGAGACUACCACUCCACACCCAGACCAGACAUCUUCCAUCUUACCCCCAUCACCUUCAUCCUCCUCAUCCCUCUGCCUCUCUCGGUGGUGUCACAUGCGUGCUUAGAGCGGGAAACAGGUCCUCCACAAGCUUUCACAUUUGCCAAAGAAGUUUUUUCAACAAGUGGUUCCCCACGUCCAGUUCUUCAUCCGGCUCUUCACCGUCAAACCCAAGAGACAAUGAACCUGCAUCCCAAGAUGAGGAGGAGGACUCCAUCAUCCCCAAGACGGAUGAGAUGGGGCAGCCCCUGAGUAACUGGAAGAGGAUGAAGAUCAUGAUGAAGGCCUACGGUUAUGUCAUCAUCCCUGUACACUGGGUCAUUGCACCAGUUUGGUUUGGAGCUUUCUACUACACUAUAAAGUUGGGUGUCGACAUUGGUCCCUUCCUCUCCACAAUAGGAGUCAGUGACCAUCACGUUGAAUCUAUGCGCAAUUCCAAAGCGAGUACCGCCCUCAUGGCCUACGCCCUGUACAAGAUCUUCACCCCUCUACGUUACACAGUCACCCUGGGCGCCACCGAGGUAACAAUCCGCAAGCUUAGGAGGAUGGGGUUCAUGAAGCCGUCGCCGCCCAAGGAGAAGACGUAUCGGGAGUCGCUCAAGGAGACGGUUGGAGAGAUGAAAGAGAAGAUAACGGACAUGAGGGAUUCAAAGAAUUCAUGAGCUUGGUGCCCAGUAGGUCCCUUUCUCCGCCGCUCUUUCUGACCUGCGAGCAUAAUUUGUGUGAUUACGUAAGAAGCUUUGUGAACAAUGUAAUCAGAAGACGUAUCAGGAGUCUUUCAAGGAGACGGUUGGAAAAAUGAAAGAGAAGAUAACGGACAUGAGGGAUGCAAAGGAUUCAUGAGCUUGAUGCGCAGUAGGUUCCUUUCUCUGUCGCUCUCUCUGACCUGCGAGCAUAAUUUGUGUGAUUACGUAAUAAGCUUUGUGAACAAUGUAAUCAGAAGACAUAACGGGAGUCGUUCAAGGAGAUGGUUGGAGAGAUGAAAGAGAUGAUAACAGACAUGAGGGAAUCUAAGAAUUCAUGAGCUUGGUGCCCAGUAGAUCUCUUUCUCUGUCGCUCUUUCUGACCUCCUUGCUUGAUUCGUGUGAUUACGUAAUAAACUUUGUGAACAAUGUAAUCAGGAGACUUAUCGGGAGUCGUUCAAGGAGACGGUUGGAGAGAUGAAAGAGAAGAUAACGGACAUGAGGGAAUCUAAGAAUUCAUGAGCUUGGUGCUCAGUAGGUCCCUUUCUCUGUCGCUCUUUCUGACCUGCCUGCUUGAAUUAUGUGAAUAUUUGAAAAACUUUGUGAACAAUGCGAUCAGAAGCAAUGCUGUGUCUUUCUGUGCUUCCAUCAAAGAUUCUGCAAGAAAUUUUUUCAACACCCAAUCCAAAUCAGUGAUUUAGUUUCAGUAUAUGUGGAUAAUUGUAUGUUAUGUUGCCUUCUCUGGCUAUAAAUUGCCACCUUGAAAAUUCAACAACCAUUAAAGAUUCUUUGAGAGUAAUUUAACGUCAAAAUUGUUAUUAUAAAGGAUUGUAUGUUAUGCCUUCUUGGUUGUUUAACUCUUCCAUAACAAGCACUCCCCAUCUAAGAUUUGUGGCGUUUGUGCUUUUGCCCUUUAAUUGAAUCUUAUUUCUUAGAUCUUCUAGCUCUCAUUUUUGUUGCAGAAUUGGUUUCGUGAAACGACCCCUAGACCUAGAGUACUAUAGUAUAUGCAUUGUCUCAGCACUAAAAUGCACAUAUAAUCAGCAGUUUAAAAAUGACAACCAGAAUUAGUGGAUAAAAGUGCCAGUGUAUAACAUGUCUAUAAUCUAUAUGAGUUUGAUAUCUUUGAUUCCGAAAUAGCUUUAGCUAUUCUAACAAAAUAUUGUUGAAUCUUCCAGUAUUAUGCACAUCCGAAAGAUCCGAUAAAGGGCUUUGGUGCGACCUUCUAUUUUGCAUGCUUUCUGCUGCUGUGAUAUAAAGAUGCACUAUUUUGUUACCCGGUAAUUGAAAAUUAUGGAAUGAUUCUGAAUCGAUUUGUAUCAAGCAGUUUCAACCAGCCUGCAACCAUUCCUAGUGUAAUCCUCUUAAAUGUCAUUAUGACAAUCAUGGAGAAAAAUAUUAAUCUGUUGUUAAAUUGAUAUGAUGGCUUUAAUAAGCAUUGAUCCAUCGCUAUGUACAUUUUAUGAGUUUGUGUUGUUAGUGCUGCCUCUAGGUACUGUAACUAGUCAGAAUAUGAUGAACUAUUCUUCUAUGGAAGAGGGCGCCAGAGUUAUUAAAAAUGAUGCAUCAUCGAGAUGUGUAAGUGCAGGAAAGAUCAUAUUUACAGCAAUUACCUUAUUACCCUUACUACCAGAUCUACUGGAAAAGUGCACUCAAUUGUGCAGCCAAGUUUCUAGAUCCUUCUUCAAUCUUCUUUCUAUCUCUCUCUAGCUGGUUGUUUAAAGGCCCUAUUUGAUGAAAAUACAACCUUAUAUCAAUAGAAAGCUGAAGAAACGUAUAAUACAAAUAUAAUAGAGUACAAAUAUUUACUGCACCCCUCCAAAUAACAGGUAAAAAUGGGUCUAAUUUGCCGUAGAUAAGGUGAGGAUAUAACUUGUGGACUUGAUCGACUCAUCUUUUAAAGCUUUGGCGAUGAGGCAAAGUCAUUGUGAAUAUUCUUCAUAUUAUUUAAGGAAAGUGAGGUUUCAUGAGAUUUUCAUGAAAAAUUACCCUUUCAAAACAAUACUGAAUGAGAGUUAUCACAACUAAAUAUUUGUUUUGUACUUGAAUGUAUUCUACUGAUUUAUCAUGCAUACCAGUAGAUGCUCAUAUUUCUUUGCCAUUCAUAUUCAACGUAAUACUGACGACAUAACUUGCAUUUAAUAGGUACCGGUCUUUGUUUGCAAAAUUACAUAGAAUGUCAUUUUUAAUAUGUGCCACUUUUCAUCCCCAAAUAUAUCUCUCUCUCUCUCUCUCUCUCUCUCUCUCUCUGUCUGUCUGUCUCUCUAGUCUCUACCUCCCCUCUCUAUUCCUUUCAUCUAUCUUUCUAUCUCCCCUAUAUCCCUCAUAUUCACACUUUUGCUCAUAUUCCUUUUGUCAGUAUCUCUACAUUUCUUGCGCUUCCUUGAUUCACUCUCUCGUUAUCCCUCCUCUUUGUGCAAGAAUUUACUUGAAUUUGAUUUUUAAAAUAUGUUUCUAAAUUUUGUUUGAAUUUGCAUACCAUCUUGACCUAAAGCAUGUAAGCAAUAUGUGAUGCAGUGUUAACAAAUGUAUAAAUUUGGAAAUGAUACAUUGGUACCAAUGUGAAUUUUUUUUUUAAUAUAAAAAAAAGGAUUUUUAUAAUGGUAUUGUUCAUAUUUGUAUGAAUUUUCAUAUUCAAUGGGAACUCAAAAUGGUGGCAAAUGAGUAAAUGGUGUGUCUCUUGAUGUUUUUGGAGUACACUAUUUUUCUUGAUAUUUCCAAAAAUUGUAUUUGGAAAGUUUGGAUUUAAAAACAAGACAAGUUCAAAAGUACUUGUGCAUUACAUUGUGAAUCAACAUUUCUAAGGCUACUGGUAUAUCACUUGCAAGUAUUCUGCAGUAUAAGUAAGAAAGAUAUACAUACUGUUAUUAUAUUUAUAUUCAAACAGUGACUCUAAGAUAUGUAUUGCAAUAUGACUAAUUUAUAAGAGUAUUACUAACUGAUUAUCUUUUAUUGCGGAUGUGAUUGGAAGGAAUCAUUUGAAUAUUAAAUCACACCAAGUGUGCAAGAAUAUAGCUAUUGA